AUGACCCUGGGAGGAGCAGGUCUGUGUCUGGAGCCACCUGAGACCGGAGGGGUUCCCUCACCAGACAAAGACAGAGAGAGCUACCUGCGUCGGAGCUGCAAAGAAAUCAAACAGGAUCGAAAGGACUCAAAGGAUGGGCUAUAUCAGCUUCGCACGAAGAACGGGCUCAUCUACCAGACCUUCUGUGACAUGACCACGGACGGGGGCGGCUGGACCCUGGUGGCCAGCGUGCACGAGAACCACCUGGCUGGGAAGUGCACGGCGGGGGAUCGCUGGUCCAGCCAGCAGGGCAACCGCGCUGACUACCCGGCGGGGGACAAUAACUGGGCCAAUUACAACACUUUUGGGUCUGCUGAGGCGGCCACCAGUGAUGACUACAAGAACCCUGGCUACUACGACAUCCAGGCUGAGAACCUUGGCAUCUGGCAUGUACCUAACCUGACUCCGCUGGAGUCCUGGAGAGACAACUCACUGCUUCGGUAUCACACCUUCUCGAACUUCUUCCGGAAUUACGGGAACAACCUCUUUGGCCUCUACCAGAUAUACCCUGUGAAGUAUGGCCUUGGCAACUGUCUGACUGACAACGGUCCUGCCAUUCCAGUGGACUAUGACUAUGGAGAUGUCAAAAAAACUGCCUCUUACUAUUCCCCCUAUGGUCAAAAGGAGUUUGAGGCCGGGUUCAUCCAGUUCCGGGUGUUCAAUAACGAGAGAGCAGCCAAUGCUCUGUGUGCAGGAAUGAGAGUCACAGGAUGUAACACAGAAACUCACUGCAUUGGGGGAGGCGGCUUCUUCCCAGAGGGUAACCCCCAGCAGUGUGGGGACUUCUCUGCCUUUGACUGGAAUGGAUAUGGAACUCACAUCGGGUAUAGCAGCAGUCGAGAGAUCACUGAGGCAUCCGUGCUCCUGUUCUACCGCUGAGCUGGAGAUGCAG